AUGGAGAUCUCACAAACCUUGCUUUUAUCCUUCCUCCUCCUCUUCAUCACAUGGCUACUCCUGCAAUCUUCAACUGGCAAGAACACGUGCGGCGGGAACGGCCAUGGCCGGCACGGCAUCCCUAGCCCGCCGGCGCGCCCCGUCGUCGGCCACCUCCACCUUCUGAAGAAGCCGCUGCACCGCUCCCUCGCCGCGCUCGCCACCCGCUACGGCGACGGCGCCGGCCUCCUCCUCCUCCGCUUCGGCGCGCGGCCGGUCCUCCUCGUCUCCUCCCCGGCCGUCGCGCGCGAGUGCUUCACCGCCCACGACGUCGCGCUCGCGGGCCGCCCGGCGGGGCUCGCGUCGCGGCGGCUGCUCCCGGACGACUGCCCCACCAUCGCCACCGCCAGCUACGGCCCGCUCUGGCGCCAGCUCCGCCGCCUCGCCACCGUGCACGCGCUCUGCGCGCACCGCCUGGACGCCACCGCCGCCGCGCGCGACGCCGGGGCGCGCGCCAUGGCGGCGAAGCUCUGGCGCGCUGGGCCAGGUAGUGCGGUCGCCGUAAAGGCGACGGCGUACGAGUUCGUCAUCAACCUCAUCAUGGCCAUGGUCGCCGGCAAGCGCAUGCGGCCGGAAGAGGUGCUUCGGUUCAAGGCGAUGACGGAGGCGGCGCACGCGGCGACGGGGGCCGCAAACCGGCACGACUUCAUUCCGGCGCUGCGGCUGCUGGACUUGGGGCGGACGGCGAGGAAGCUCGCCGCCCUCGCCAAGGAGCGCCACCAGUUCGGCCAGAGCCUCAUCGACGACUACAAGCGCCGUCGUCGUCAUCCUACUAGCAGCGCCUCCGAGCCCGAGACGCCGAGGACGGUGGUCGGCGACCUGCUCCGGGAGCAGGAGCGGUCGCCGGAGUCGCUCGACGACGUGGUCAUCCGCACCGUCUGCCUGAGCUUGUUGCCAGCAGGAACAGAUACAUCAUCCAGCACGAUCGAGAGGGCGAUGGCUCUCCUGCUCAACAACCCGGCCGCGCUCAAGGCAGCAGCGCCACAGAUCAUCUCCACUGUGGGCACUACUCGGCUGCUCCAGGAACCCGACCUUGCCAACCUGCCCUACCUCCGGGGCAUCGUCGCCGAGACCAGAGGGGGUGAAUGA